CCUUAUUGAUUGCAAGUUCAUGACGUUAUACUCUAACCUGCUUUAACCUCACCAAAAGUUUUAUUAUUAUUAUCAUUAUUAUCAACAACAUCAUGUUGACUCUAAACUUUAAUUAGAAAAUAUUUAAUUAAACCCAUUUCUUUUUAAUUUUUAAAUACUUACGUAUUACAUAAAUCUUUUAAAUUUCUAUAAUUUUAAAACCAUGACCGUGCCAAUCAGCUGUUUUCUGUGACGUGUUAAAUGUGACAGCAGCCAAACAACACAUAACAUGAAGUAACAUAUUCCCUAUAAUUAAAAAAAAAUAAAUGUAAACAUUAGAAGAAAAAAUGUUUACUUUUAGCAGAUUAUUCAGAACAAAGAAGAACUUAUUUUUAUUCCUCGUGACAUUAUUAAUUUCUGGAACGUCAUGCAUUUUAGCGUCGAGUUUCGACAACAAUGUGAAUACUUUGAAUUCUACCGAUUCUUUAUCUGCUCAAAAUGUAAACCACACAUCAGGAUCAAAAGAAAGUAUUAUCGGGAAUUCGACAAUAGUAAAUAAGGAAGAAAUUAGUUUAAAUGAAAAUAGUAAAGCAACGUCGGUGGUGGGACAGAAUUCGACUGUUGAAACACCGAAGCAAAUUGUCGAUUCCAAUCCAACUAUUGAUGUGGCGAAUUCGACAAAUGUGAGUACGACAACUGCGGUGCCCGCGGAGCCGAUUUUACCCGCAAAAGGCUCUGCGGAGGAGGAGCACAAUAGUUCAAUGUCCAUUUUUUUCGUCCUCUGCGUAUUGGCUCUAGGAAUAUUGUUGAUUCACUUGAUGCUGCAGACGAAUUUCCAGUAUUUGCCAGAGUCAGUGGUGAUUGUCUUCUUGGGCGGUGCGAUUGGAAUGAUAAUUAAUUUAAUGUCCUACAAGAAUAUCGCAAACUGGAGGAAGGAAGAGGCUUUCUCCCCGACGGCAUUCUUCCUCGUGCUGCUCCCUCCGAUUAUAUUCGAAUCGGGUUACAAUUUGCACAAGGGUAAUUUUUUCCAAAACAUCGGCAGUAUCAUGGUCUUCGCCAUAAUUGGAACGACGAUCUCGGCUUUCGUGAUUGGAGCGGGAAUUUACUUGUUGGGCCUCGCGGACGUUGCGUACAAACUGAGUUUUGUUGAGAGCUUCGCUUUCGGGUCGUUGAUAUCGGCCGUCGAUCCCGUGGCGACAGUCGCAAUUUUCCACGCGCUGGACGUCGAUCCUGUUUUAAACAUGUUGGUUUUUGGAGAAUCUAUUUUGAACGACGCCAUCUCUAUUGUCCUGACGACUUCGAUUUUGGAGUCGAACAAUGCGGCCACCACGAGUGAAGCCAUCAUUUUGGGAUUCAACAGAUUUGUUUUCAUGUUCUUCGCUUCGGCUGCUAUUGGAGUCGGAUUCGCUCUUCUCAGCGCUUUGCUGUUGAAGCACGUGGAUCUCAGGAAGAAUCCAUCUUUGGAAUUUGGAAUUAUGUUGGUAUUUACUUACGCGCCUUAUGUACUUUCCGAAGGAAUUCAAUUGUCCGGGAUUAUGGCAAUUUUAUUCAAUGGAAUUGUUAUGUCGCAUUACACUCAUUUUAAUUUAUCGACAGUCACGCAGAUAACUAUGCAACAAACUAUGAGAACAUUGGCUUUCAUAGCUGAAACAUGCGUCUUCGCUUAUUUGGGUCUCGCGCUCUUUAGUUUUCGGCACAGAGCUGAACCAGCUUUAGUCGUUUGGUCUCUAAUUUUGUGUUUAAUUGGCCGGGCUGCAAAUAUUUUCCCAUUGGCUCUGCUUGUUAAUAAAUUUCGAGAACACAAAAUCACCAAGAAAAUGAUGUUUAUAAUGUGGUUCAGCGGUCUUCGCGGUGCUAUAUCGUAUGCUUUAUCUCUUCACUUGAACUUCAGCGAUGAAACGAGGCAUGUCAUUAUAACAACAACGCUCAUUAUAGUUUUGUUUACCACUUUAAUCUUUGGCGGAUCCACUAUGCCUUUAUUAAAAUUCCUUCGAGCUGAGAAGAAGCAAAAAAGUAGUAGGAGAAGGCGACGAGAGAAAGAGAUUUCCCUCAGUAAGACUAGAGAAUGGGGCCAAGCGAUUGAUUCCGAACAUCUAUCGGAAUUUACGGAGGAAGAAAUAGAAGUUUCCUUCACACAAUCGAGAAUGCGAGGUUUCGCCCGUUGGGAUUAUAAAUUCUUCAUUCCCUUCUUCACAAGACGUUUUACGCAACAAGAAUUAAAGGACUGCAAGUCGCAAAUGACUGACCUGACUAAUCAGUGGUAUCAGGCAAUACGGAUUAGUCCCGUUGAAUCUGAAGACGAAACUACUGCUUCCACUGCUCAACUUAGUUGUGCUGGCAACAACACUCUAGAAGAAGUUGACAGGAAAAAAUCUUCAAAUUCACAAAAUGGUGAGAAACUUGCACUAAUAAAUUUUAUGGACCACAAUUGAUCAUGUCAGGAGUUACUAAAAUUCAUAAUGAAAUUAUAAUUUUUCGGUAACUAUAGUUCAAUGAAUACCAAAAACAGGAGUUAAACUUUUUUCACAAUUUUAAUAAUUAUUUAAUGUUAAUAAAUAAUUUUAUUAUUGUUUUAUAUGUAAGAAUUAUUUGUGAUUGUUACUUAUAACAUUAGUCAAGUUUUACUAGUCGUUUAGUUUCAAAUAAGCAGUUAAAAUAUUGUUAUUUUUUUGAAAAAAACUAUGUUCACUAUAGUAGUUGAAAAAUAUAUAUUUGUUUUUGUUGAUUUUUAGAAAUCCAGAAAUACAGUAUUUUUAACCCUAAUUCAAUUUCUCUUUAGAAAUUGAAAUUUAAGGUAUUGAAUUUAAUUAUUAAUUAAUUUUGAAAACUUUUAUUUAUCUUAUUUAAGGGGACUUUCUGGUGCAAAAUUAUAAAAAGACACUUUUUUUAAAACUCUUUUUGUAAAAAAUGUAUUUUAUUUAUUGCAAAAAUUUCUUUUCGGUAUUUUUACAUAUGGGAUCGAACCAGUGAAAGUAUUUAAGAAUACGAACUUUACGGAACAAUUACUGAGAAAAAUAUAACCAGUCCGAGUCAAAUAAGAGAAUAUUUUACCUAAAACUCUUAACUAGAAAUAAUAUAAAAAAAAUUCAAUUAAACUUUUUCAAAAAAAAUUAAUUUCAAAAUUCAAUUAUUUCU